AAACUUAAAGUAGUCAUGAAUGAGAGAUUUCACUCUGAGAUUAUUUUUUACUCAUUGCAAACGGAGAACGCGUCAGGGUGGAUCACCGAGAGACUUGCGAAUCUUUCUCCCCACGCGGAACUGAAUAAAAGCCGAGCUCGGUGGUGCAGUGUCCAAGUGUGUGGACCACUCUCGAGGAGGCAACAACUCAACAUGAAACUAUUCGUCGCUCUUUCCGUUCUGGUGGCGGUGGCAUCGGCCCUGCCCCAAUAUCGUGGUGGCAACGCCAACGCGAAUGCAAAUGCCAAUGCUCAAGCCCAAGGCGGCGGCUUUGGAGGCGGCGGCCGUCAAGGAUUCGGAGGCGGACCAGGAUUCGGUGGCGGACCAGGAUUCGGUGGCGGACCAGGAUUCGGUGGCGGUCCUGGAUUUGGAGGAGGCCGACCUGGAUUUGGAGGAGGCGGCUUUCAACGUGGCCCAGGAGGUGGUGGCAACUUUGGACAUGGAGGUGGCCCAGGAUUUGGUGGAGGCCCAGGAUUUGGAGGUGGCCAAGGAUUUGGUGGUGGCCAAGGAUUUGGAGGUGGCCCAGGAUUUGGAGGUGGCCCAGGAUCUGGAGGCGGCGGCACCUCUUCUGCCACAGCUUCUUCCUCAGCAUCGGCCGGUGGUGCCGGAGGAGGUGGCGGUGGCUCGGCAACUGCUUCUUCCUCGGCUUCUGCGUCGUCGGGUGGCGGUGGCGGUAGAUUCCGCGUCGCUCCGAUCAAGCAGAUCACCAUGAAGGUCUUCGUUGUUCUCGCCGUUAUCCUGGCCGUAUCCGCCGCCGCCCCCCAGUUUGGAGGUAGCAGUUCCAACGCUAAUGCCAACGCCAAUGCCGAAUCUGAAGGAUUCAACGGUGGCUUCGGCGGCGAACCUGGCUUUGGAGGUCAAGGUGGACCUGGCGGCCCUCCUGGAGGAUUCGGAGGAAGUGGAGGAUUCGGAGGAGCUGGAGGACGUCCUGGAGGACACGGAGGUCAAGGUGGAUUCGGACCUGGCGGUCCUGGUGGACUCGGAGGUCAAGGUGGAUUCGGAGGAUCUGGCGGACCUGGUGGAUUCGGAGGAAAUGGAGGACAAGGAGGAUUCGGAGGAAAUGGAGGACAGGGAGCAUUCGGAAAUGGAGGACAGGGAGCAUUCGGAAAUGGAGGACAGGGAGGAUUCGGAAAUAGAGGACCUGCAGGAUUCGGUGGCAAUUCAGAAUCUAACGCUAACGCAAACGCUGUCGCAAACUCCAACGGUUUCGGAGGCGGAAGUGCCAACGCUAAUGCCAAUGCUGUCGCAAACUCCAGGGGUGGCAAUGCUGAGGCCAAUGCUAAUGCUAGUGCUGUUUCUAACGGCAAAUAAGCGAUUAUUAUGAUCCGAAUUUCACGUUUGAUUAGUUUUUUAAUAUUUAUAAAAUAAAAAAAGAAACUAAAAAAA